AUGCCUCACCCACCCGGCGUUGAACCGACACUUCAGGGACUGCCAGCAGAACUCCGUCAUAAGAUCUUGACGAAAUGCGUCGACUACAACACCAAUCGUGUUGAGAGAAGAUUUUGGCGAGAGUUAGAGGCCGCAGAGUUCAGUUCAAUGGUACGCUCAAUCACCCCAAUUGAUGAUAGCGUCUCUGCUAACCACGAACAUAGUCAAAAGGGGUACAUGCUGAACGCCCAGUGCCAACUGGAUUACUCAGUGGUGCUUUCAGACAAGGCAAAUUAUCAAGAGAGCUGCGAAAUCGUACGGAAGAUUAAAUUCGUCCAGGUUGAUGGAUUUACUGAUCGAGAAUUCGAGGCCCUGUUUCAACAUGGCACCAUCCCAAUAUGGAGCUAUCAACUGGUCCUGUACAAGCAAAAUCCAGUGACGCAAAGCUUACCACCCUGCAAGAUUACCCCGGUUCUCAAUCUCACUAUCUUCCGCAUGACAGGAAACACUAUCUUUGUAAAUAUCAAAGAUCUGCCACUCGUUUGUAAGUCCAUCUAUGAAUCUUCAUCACGAGGCGCGAUUGCUUUGGACAUCCCGGUGUCGAUUCUAAAGUUCACAGUUCCACAAGAAGGCAUUACUCCCACAUUUUGGGACCUCAAGACUGGCGUCGAAGUCAAGGAAUUCUUAUAUUGCGGAAUCAUUCGAUAUAUUGGUGGGUGGAUCACAAACCUCCUUUGGGAGGAGGAUCUCACCAGAAUUUGGGGUGCGACGACCUCUUCUGUGCCGCUUCCACGCCCUAUGAAUGAAUUGGAGGCAUGGAUUGUUGAGAACAUUCAACCUUAUCAACAUAGCACCGGGGCCAAUAGGUUUAACUAUCUGUUGGACCUUGCCGAGUCGAAGUUCUUGGACGCUGAGGGAAUAGUUGUUUCCCCCGGUCGUUUUCUCGACGCUGUCGAACUCUACGUCGAAGCUAAGGACCUGUUCCAUCAGCUCCUCAAGGAUGAAGUUGACAUGCAUGCCGUUUUAGGCGACCAAGAGAUUCAAGAUCUUUUCACGAGUUACAGCAUCUGCUGUCUCCGCUUGAGUACCAUGACGACUCAUAUGGAGGACAUGAUUGAUAACAAUAGAUUUGCAACCGAGAAAGCUGUCACACAAUAG